UGCUAACUAAAAUCCUCUCUUUCCCUCCAUCAUGAUCCGAAAUUCAAAUCUUCCUCCACCACAAAACUGAGAAAUGAAGGACAACCAUCUUCAAACUCCACAGAAGGAUCUCCCUCUCGCCAACCGCAAAUCGAAAUCCACUUCCGAUCACUCUAAGAAAGCUCUGAAAAAUGCCAAGAAGAACUUAAGUUCUGAGUUCGAAGCGCUUCUGGAAGUUGCUGCAUUUCCAGAAUCGCCAAAUGACUCCGUUGAUCAGUCUCUUGUUUCAGAGGUUGUGGACGAUUUUAAGUAUACUGAAGCUGAGAGUUUUGUCUUUCCAUUGCACUCAGAAGCUUCCACUUCAUCUGAGAAUAGUUUCCUCUCUGACCUUACCUCCGUAUCAUCUGGAAUUGCUUCUGAAGUGUACACAACAAGCAGUCCCUCAAAGUACCUGUUCAUGAAUGCUGAAGAAAAGACUAGUGUUGAGACAGAAAUAGCAAUUAAGCAUCUACAACAGGCACGAAUUGAGGUCAUGAAUUCCCUUGAUGUUGAUCUGCAGUCUAAGAAACUUAUGGAUGCUAUAAUUGAUAUUGCACUGCGACAAUUCUGUGGUUCGACUGUAGAUAAAAUAUGCUCUCAGUCCUUUAUUCUGAAGGUACGUUUACUAACAUCACUGGCGCUCGUCAUUGUCAUUCUAGCUGUUCUCCUCAUCUCAGUACACAGUUCAAGUGGAACACAACACUUCCUUGGUGCCCUGCCUACCUGAGUUGUUCACACUUUACAAGAUUGCUACAAGAGUAAUGUAAGUAAUGCCUCUCUUUCCAAGCAUUAUGGAAUAUUUCGGUGCUUCUGAAUGCUGCUCGAAUUUGAAGUUAUCAACAAAUAUUGUAACAUCAGCUUCUUCUAUGGAGUAUAUCUUUUUUCUGAAAGUGUUGAGCUCAUAUGUGGUGCUUGUAGCCGCUGGACUUUCUUAAUAAGUUUGGGUAAUUGUUUUUUAGUCAAAGAUUUGUACAAGAAACACUGCCAUUUCACUAAUGUGUUUCUUUUACAAAACUAGAUUCUCUAACACUCUAUUUCUAGUAGAUGCAACUAGAAGGAUAUGUACGAAUAGUUAAGUUGAACUUUAUCCAUACGACCACACACGUUUUAGAAACAAGCUCAACUGCUCAAGACAAGGCGGGAAUGUAGAUGCUUCUACUACAUAUUGCUUCCAAAUAUAUGUGUGUAUUACUAGCCAUGCCAAAUAAAUCAUGCAUUUUGAAUUUAUAAUGCCACAUUGUUUUGUUCACUAGCCAUUCGUAUAAAAGGUUAUGCUUAUUUGAGAAGUUGUAUUUUUAUGGUGGUUUUAUUAAUAGGAACCGAAACAGUUAAACAUGCUCAUUGACAGCCC